AUGUCCGCCCUCACCGAAAAUAUUCUUCUACUGGCUCUGCUGCUCGUCCUUUAUGCGUAUCGACCUCGCCCGGUUGCAAGCCAAGUGCUUCAAUCUCCGCGCGCCGAGGUGCUGAACGACUCGGCGUCCCACACUGCUCCCGACGCCACUCGAAUCGUCGCGCCAUGCGGGCCCAAUCCGCAUCGCUCUGGCACUCACCCGCACAACAACACUGUCUUCAGAGCGAGCACCCCCGUCGGCUUGCCCGCAUCGGCAUCUGUCCAAUAUAAGGUCGUCGUCAACGUCGAGCCUGAACCUGACCAGACGCCCACCGUCCACCGGGCAUUCGACCACGCAGCUACGGCUGCGACAGACGGCGCAUACGCGAACGUUCCCGAGAACCAAUCAUCUGCGCCGUCGCCCGGGCCUCGUGCACCUCCCUCCCCCUCCGGCUCUACCGUCACGGCUACCUCUUCCACCCUCGUCUCAACCUCCCCUACCCUUGCCUCAGACCCCCUCCCUCUUAUAUCUACCCCUACCCGAACUCGAGACUUGCCUGAGCCUUACACCGACGUUCUCUGCUCAGAUGUCCCCGGCGACUCCGGCAUGCGAGCGCAGACCAUAGGCUUGAUGACGCCGCCGGCUUCUGAAUCGCGACGCGCUCGCUCCGUCCCCGCGAACACAGUGCGGUCUUCCACCCCGUCUACCACAUCCGCCAACCUUCGUCCGAUGGAGCCACUUCACAUCGUGGCCGAAGAGGAGGAUCAGAAGCCGACGUUGCCGAUUGUUUCUGCGAGCGUUCGCGUGACGCGGGCGCAAGCCGCGGCUGCCAGUCCUGGGACCUCUGUAUCCAGCGUUCGAUCGACGUCCACACAGGCGACCGGAAGUAGCACGACCAGGAAGACUGCUGGAGGUGGUUCGGCCAAGAAGCCGCCCGCCGACCCGCGCAAGCGUAUCUUCAAGUGGUUCAAGGGGAAGAAGGGGGUUUACCUGGACAACGGAGAGCCUGCUGGCACGGCUUGGUACAAGUCCGAGUCGGAUGUCGAGAUCGCUGCACCUCUCGACCCCUCGUGCCUACCCGACAUCCGCCUCGGCGAUCUCUUCUACCACGAGUCCCCGGGAGUCGAUCAGCUAUGGCUUUGGUCUUUCGCCACCGAGCUCUCCUUUGCCCCAAGCUGGGUGCGCGUUCCUAUCGCGUACAAACGGCCGGAUGGUAGGAAGCUCACUGUCACCCCGUCGCGCAAGGAGCCUUCCUGGGUCGUGUAG